GCCCCAACCGUUCUAACAUUGCGGGUAAGGAUAUACCCAUCUCCAUUUGCAAGCUCGCCAAAACAACUACUCCUGACUUGUUUUCCGGUGCAUCAGUAAGUUUGUCGUCGUCUUCGCUUCGCUGCUCCAACAAACGGCCAAGGCAAUGCGAGACUUCUCCUGCUUCGGCGACGGAGCCGUCACCCUCACCGCAGGGGCAGCUGGCAGCGGGGCAGGCGCCGCGCUCGACCGCUCGCUCCAGGCGGCCACGGCCAGCGUCUACAGAGUCGCGCUGUCGUCGCGCAAGGAGCUUCGAAUCAGGGUCACGUGGACGCGGGCCGUCACCGGGGCCGGCGGCGCGGGGGCGCCGGCAGUUGCUGGACCGACUGGGCUCGCCGUCGCCAUCGACGACGGAUCCCGGGCGUUGCCGCUAGCGGCGGCGGUCGGCACGCCGCGGCGGACGAGCGUGCAGCACUUUUUGCAGAAGAAGCGCGGGACCCGGUCCUUCGUCACCGAGGCCGGCACGGCGGUGUCCAUCCACUGGGACACGGCUGACGCCAAGUACCCCGCGGGGCCGGAGCCCUCCCACGACUACUACCUCACCGUCGUCGCCGACGCCGAGGUCGCGCUCCUUCUCGGCGGCGGCGAGGCGGCGCGUAAGCUCGGGCGACGCUUCUCCCCCGCGCCUCGGCGCGCGCUGCUGAGCCGGCACGAGCAGGUGCGCGCGCCGUUCCCUUCCCCUGCCGUCGCCACCGCGGCGCAGCUGGUCCACACGACGCGGUGCAGGUUCCGUGACGACGGGGCGGAGCACGAGGUCACGGUGGCGUGCCGCGGGGUGGAGUGGGGGUCGAGGGACGGCGAGGUGGCGGUCAGCGUCGACGGGAAGACGGUGGUGGAGGCGCGGCGGGUGAAGUGGAACUUCCGCGGGAACCGGACGGCGGUGCUCGGGGACGGCGCGGUGGUGGAGGUGAUGUGGGAUGUGCACGACUGGUUGUUCGCCGGCGUCUCCGGCGGCGGCGGAGGGGCGCAGUUCAUGGUGAAGGCGCGCGGGGCGGCGGAGUGCGGGCGGGUGUGGAUGGACGAGGAGAUGGCGAAGAAGGGGCAGGCUCCCGGCGGGUUCUUCCUGCACCUGCAGUGCUACCGGCGGUGACUCCAUUCCGUUCCGAUGCCUGGUCGUGAUUCUUGCUUGUGUCCAAGCUUGCAACUUUCUUCUCUCCCCCAAUCACAUUCGAUUCCAUUCAUGACGUUGAUAGUUGUGCUGCUGUUUUCUGGUUGUUUAAGAACUGAUGAUGGUUGAGAGGAGAGAGUCAUCUCCAUCUCCUUCUCCAUCAAAGAAUACUGAUGGAGAAAUGAAUCAAGGAUGGUCGCAGUUGCAACUUUUGCAUCUCUGGCUUGUUCAGUUUCUUCUGGGUGAUACAAGUGUCGCAUAAAGAAAGCUCCAUGUCUUUUGUGAGAAAAAAAAUCGAGCUUUUAAGAGGAGCUGUGGCUCACCAUGUUUGUAUCUGCUGCUCCUGCCUCGAUCGGUCGCCCAUUUACUACUGCAGGCAGGCAUCACGAGGCUCACGGGGACAGCAUACCAGUAAGAGGGGGAUGGACGUGAGGUGGUGUUGGUGGCGAUGCCUUUUGCUUUUCAAGGGGCAAUGGCAUGCUUUCCGGUGGCCGCCAUUAACGUCGAGACGCUGCUGCUCCAGUUGCCCUCUAACUCUAACGUGGGCUCAGCAGUUGCAUCAGGCUAGUCUCGUCCCAAGAUGAUGCCCUGACGAGGUCAGACUCAGAGGAUGGGCCUCGGCCUACGUACGGGUGCUAAGCGCCACGUCGAUGGCAGAAUCUGCCUCCAGAGCGUUGACGUUGACUUUUUGGGUUGUCGUCUUCGUGGAAGCUCAUCACGAAGCAUGUGCAUGUGGAUUGCUUUCGGGCCCAAUUUUCAUAUAUUUUGUGGAAGUGACUUAUGGAACAAAUCAAAUGAAAUGACGGACUCUUGGCUAUUUG